AAAAAGAACAAAAAGAAGAUACGAUGACCUCACCGGAGCAACCCAUGUCAAAUCUCAAACAAGCCCGAACGAAAUCAUAGCACCCCGAGCGGUUCUCGACAAACCUUGCUGUGCCCUGAACCGCUGGUCUUCGUUCUCUGAUUAGUUGAGCUUCAGUCAACUCACACACUACACCGAAAACCAGAAGCUAGCUGCCCGAACUGAAGAAGAAAAUAGCCGGCAACCCAUGUUGCCUCGAACCCCACAAGCGGCCGGAUCCCACAAGCGACCGCGGAGAUCCUACUCUUCGAACCUCACAAACGACCAAAAAAUCCGACCACCGAGAUCAGUCAUCAGUGCCAGUAAUCUUUGUGAAGUCACGUUACGUAUUUACUAUUUCCACCUAUAUUAUUUUAUUGCGCAACCUCCUAAAAUCAUGAUAGAGUGAAGGACAAACCCUGUUUCUCCCUUUGAUGAAUGAAAGCUAAGCUAGUCUUCACCUAACCUAAGUAUAUUAUUAAUUGUAAAUUAAGCUUCCCUGUAAAGAUUAUAAAGAAAGCAAGGUAGAUGGAGAACGCAUUUACAAGAAUGUAGUAGCAUCCCUAAAAACCCACAAACCUUUCAUUUCAAUUCAAGCAUACAAGGGUUCACGAGGGCUUGGAGUCAAAUUUUAACAAAAGAAGGGAUUUGAUUUCUUCUGGUGGAUUACUCAAGAGUCCAGACCAAGUGGGAUUAUCUUUAAGUGAAGAGAAAAAGGUAUGGACACAAGCUAUUCGUAGGCUUCAAUUGUACAUUUCCAAAACCCAGAGGGGGUUUAGUAUAUAAAUGAGAAAGCUAUUGAAUUGGUGCUUCAAGGGUCCAGUCUCUCCAACAAACCAGAGUCUCAGCAAAUCACAGGGAUCCAUGGGAGAAACUAUGGAGCGCCCAUCAGCAGGCAAUGCCGAAAAUUUGAACUCUGAGAGAUCAGACGAAAACAUGAACAACUCAAGGGGCAGUGUUGCUUCUAACAUUAUAGUGAACCAUGAUUUCUCUAGAGGGCUUGACUCAUGGCAUCCCAACUGCUGUCACGCGUUUGUAGUUUCCGCUGAGCCAGGCAGAAAUCAUGUUGUUGUUACCAAUCGCAAGGAACCUUGGCAAGGAUUAGAACAAGAUAUCUCAGGAAAAGUUACUGCGGGUCCGAACUACAGAGUUUGUGCUCGUGUUGGCAUCUCAGGCCCUAUUCAGAGCUCAGCUGUUGUCACGGCCACACUCAGACUAGAAUUCCGCCAUUCACCCACUACCUACAUGUUCAUUGGAAAAUCUUCUGUUUCGAAAGAUGAGUGGAAAACAUUGGAAGGCAUGUUCCAACUUUCAACUUUGCCCGACCGCAUUGUAUUUUAUUUGGAAGGGCCAUCUCCUGGAAUAGACCUACUCAUAGAGUCCAUAGUGAUCUCUUGUCCCUACACGAUCAAAACUGAAGAUACAAGCACUCGAUGCUUUGGCCCGGGAGAUGAAAACAUCAUACUAAACCCCAACUUCGAGGAUGGCAUUAACAAUUGGUCCGGAAGAGGCUGUAAGAUUGUACUACAUGACUCUAUGGGAGAUGGAAAAGUAAUGCCAAUGUCUGGAAAGUAUUUUGCAUCUGCAACGGAACGCACACAGAUCUGGAAUGGGAUCCAACAGGAAAUAACUUCAAGGGUCCAGCGAAAGCUUGCUUACGAAGUUACUGCCAUGGUGCGAAUAUUCGGUAACAAUGUCACUAGUGCAGUUGUACAGGCUACAUUGUGGGUUCAGACCCCAGAUCUCCGUGAGCAAUACAUAGGAAUUGGCAACUUGCAGGCAACAGACAAAGAUUGGGUGCAGUUGCAGGGGAAAUUUCUUAUAAAUGCUUCCCCCUCAAAGGUGGUAAUUUCUUUGGAAGGUCCACCUCCUGGCACUGAUAUUCUCCUCAAUAGCUUUGUUGUAAAGCAUGCUGAGAAAGUCCCUCCUUCACCUCCACCAGUUAUUGAGAAUCCGGCUUUUGGUGUUAACAUUAUUACCAACAGCAACCUUUAUGAUGGCACCACCCAGUGGUUUCCCCUUGGUAGUUGCAGUUUAAGUGUUCAAAGCGGAUCACCACAUAUACUUCCUCCGAUGGCAAGAGAUUCUCUAGGAGACCACGAGCCCCUAAGUGGUCGCUACAUUCUUGUGACCAAUCGCACCCAAACGUGGAUGGGUCCCGCUCAGAUGAUCACUGAUAAACUGCAGCUUUAUUUGACAUACCAGGUAUCCGCAUGGGUACACAUUGGUUCUGCGGCAAGCAGACCCCAAACUGUGAGCGUUGCACUUAAGGUGGAUAACCAGUGGGUUAACGGGGUUCAAGUUGAGGUUAAUGGUGACACGUGGCAUGAAAUUGGUGGGUCUUUUAGAAUCGAGAAGAAACCAGAUAAGGUGAUGGUUUGUGUGCAAGGUCCUGCUUCAGGUGUUGACGUGAUGCUAGCUGGACUCCAAAUUUUCCCAGUUGACCACCAGGCAAGGUUCAGACAUUUGAAGAGGCAGACAAAUAAGAUACGCAAGCGCGAUGUCAUCUUGAAAUUCUCCGGAUCAGACUCAAGCAGUCUGGUAGGCACGAUUGUGGAUGUAAAACAAACGCAAAAUAGUUUCCCCAUUGGCGCAUGUGUGAAUAGAACAAACAUAGACAACGAAGACUUUGUCAAUUUCUUCACGAAACAUUUCAACUGGGCUGUUUUUGGAAAUGAGCUGAAGUGGUACUGGACGGAGCCACAACAAGGAAACUUCAAAUACAAAGACGCUGACGACAUCUUGACCUUAUGUCAGAGCCACAACAUGGAAGUCCGUGGCCACUGCAUCUUCUGGGAAGUGGAAAACAUGGUUCAAUCAUGGGUAAAAUCUUUAAGCACAAAUGACUUGAGGACAGCUGUUCAAAACCGUCUAAACGGCCUCCUCACGCGAUACAAAGGGAAGUUCAAACACUAUGACGUGAACAAUGAGAUGCUUCACGGAUCCUUUUAUCAAGACCACCUGGGUAAAGACAUACGCGCAAACAUGUUCAAAACCGCAAACCAACUGGAUCCCACUGCGACCCUGUUCGUGAACGAUUACAACGUCGAGAACGGAUGCGACAUUCGAUCCUCCCCUGAGAAGUACAUUGAACACAUCCUCGAUCUUCAAGAACAGGGAGCCCCAGUGGGGGGAGUUGGAAUUCAAGGACACAUAGAUAGCCCGGUGGGUCCCAUCGUCUGUUCUGCACUGGACAAGUUGGGUAUUCUCGGUCUUCCGAUAUGGUUCACUGAGCUCGACGUGUCGUCUGUUAACGAGUACGUUAGGGCGGAUGAUUUGGAAGUUAUGCUUCGCGAAGCGUUUGCUCAUCCGGCGGUGGAGGGAGUAAUGUUGUGGGGGUUUUGGGAGCUUUUUACAUUUCGGAAGAAUUCCCAUUUGGUGAAUGCCGAAGGGGACGUGAAUGAAGCCGGCAGGAGGCUUCUUUCACUUAAGCAAGAGUGGUUGUCUGAUGCUCAGGGGCAUAUCGAUGAACAAGGUCAGGUAGAGUUCAGAGGGUUCCCAGGGAGCUAUGAAGUGGAAAUUGUUGGCGUCUCAACGAAGGUUUCCAAAACAUUUGUUGUCGACAAGGGCGAGUCUCCUCUGGUGGUAUCUAUCAAUCUAUAGUUUGUGAAAAGAGAAGAUGUUAUACUGGUUGGUUGGUGACCUUACAAUUACUACACUUGUAAAUGAAAAAUGUUUGAUCUCUUGAUUUACCAUUGUAAAUUUUAAGCAAAGGAAUAAUAACAUGGUCCUCUCUGUUUA